GAGCGAUGCGUACCGGAACGGACCCUCUAGUUGUCUUGUAUAGCUCUCUAUGGUAAAUUGGGGACUGAUUGGCUGGGCGGGCUUAUUUGCUCGCCAAUUGAUUCCUUUUCACGGCUGCUAUGGCGCCUCCGAAAGAAAAUGUCAGCCUACUUUUUAAGUUGUACUGCUUGACGGUGAUGACCUUAGUGGCUGCAACAUAUACAGUAGCAUUGCGAUAUACAAGAACAACUGGAGCAAUUCUGUACUUUUCAUCCACAGCUGUUUGUAUUACAGAAGUUAUCAAAUUAUUCCUAAGUUUGGGCAUCUUAGCAAAAGAGACUGGAAGCCUGGGUAAAUUGUCAAUGUCUUUGAAAGAAAAUGUCUUAGGCAGUCCUAAAGAAUUAUUGAAAUUAAGUGUUCCUUCGGUUGUGUAUGCUGUUCAGAAUAACAUGGCCUUCCUGGCGCUCAGCAAUUUGGAUGCAGCAGUUUAUCAGGUGACAUAUCAGCUGAAAAUCCCCUGCACAGCCUUAUGUACCAUCCUGAUGCUGAACCGUACGCUUAGCCGAUUGCAGUGGUUUUCAGUGUUUAUGCUGUGUGGUGGAGUCACACUUGUGCAGUGGAAACCAGCUCAGGCUACAAAAGUUCAGGUGGAACAGAAUCCACUGCUAGGAUUUGGAGCGAUAGCAAUUGCUGUUCUGUGUUCAGGAUUUGCAGGAGUGUAUUUUGAGAAAGUACUAAAAAGCUCUGAUACAUCUUUAUGGGUGAGGAACAUUCAGAUGUAUCUCUCUGGAAUUGCAAUAACGUUGCUCGGGGUUUACACAGCCGAAGGCGCUCAAGUAAUGGAGAAAGGAUUUUUUUAUGGCUAUACGCCAUAUGUCUGGUUUGUCAUCUUUCUUUCCAGUGUUGGGGGCCUCUAUACUUCGGUUGUUGUUAAAUAUACAGACAACAUUUUGAAAGGUUUUUCGGCAGCCGCCGCCAUUGUACUCUCUACAGUUGCAUCCGUCCUUCUCUUUGGUUUACAAAUCACUAUAACUUUCUCUCUGGGGGCACUGCUUGUCUGUGUUUCAAUAUAUCUGUAUGGAUUGCCUCGACAAGACACAACAAAAAUCCAGCCAGUAGAAACAAAAACGUCAAAAGGGAAUCUUACUACCGUGUGACGUCUUGUCUUCAUGAAGAAUAGAAAAGGAGACAAUGUGUAUGCCUGUCCCCACCCCCAAUUUUCUUUUUGAAAGAAAAGACUUUAAUUCUUUGUGGAAAACUUCUGAAAAUGAAGUCAGUUAUUCAUUGGAUGAAAAUCUACACUGGAGGAAGAUUCUUCGCUAAUCUGUAGAAUCUCAUUUUCCUUAUAAACGUUGGUCUUUCACAAUUGAAGAUGCUGUGUGCUGAAAAGAAGGAAUGGGAGGCACUGUUAUACAUAAAUAGGGAGAUGGCCGUGGAAUUUACUCCUAUGUUAUUAUGUAGGCUUUGUUGCCAGAAAUGCUUGUGGUUGCAAAGAAAGGUAAUUCAAAUUUAAAUGUGACCAAAACAACAUAAAAUUAUAUUGGAAGAAUAGUGUCUUUUUCUCCAUGGAUACCUGGCAUGAAGAUCCAGCCAAGUGCUGUACUGCUUUAACGAUAAAAACCAUUGUUGCAAUAGGAAAAACACAGAGACAAUUGUGAGAUGGAAGAAUGCUAUUACUGGAGCUUUAAAACUGAAAAUGGUAACUUAUCACUACUUUUUUGGAACACCACAGGAAGAAAAAAAAAUACUGUGAUUUCUUUUAAGAAUUUUCUAUUGCAAAAAGGAAGGUGAUAGAUGACUGUACAUACAUUUACUCCUGCAUUGAAUUAACUGGUAAAUACAUACAUUCUUGUACAGUGUUAAUUUUUUUUAAAACAUUUGAUUAAAUAUGUUUUAGAGAAAGGGAACAAAUGCUAUGGAUUAAAUAUCAUCUAGGUUUAUAUCUAC